AAAUCGCUUGCGUUGCGCGACCCAAUGACAAUGGCAAUGGCAUGCAGCCCUACUUCAGCCAAGAGACGCAAGCAUGACACCACAUCUUCAGGCGAUGGAAGUGACCCUAAUUGCAGCAAUGACGUGUUCUACAUUCCAGUGAAGGGACAGUACUACUACAAUCUGGUCUCUGCUCUCUAUAAGCAACUGUGUGUGCAUAAUGGAGAUGUGGCCUUGUUUGAGGAGCUGCAAGGGAGUUUGGGAUCUACACAGUCAGCUAACAAUCAAGAUAACGAAUCAGCCCUCUCUUCUCUCAUUAAAACCGACCAUCAAAAUGAGAACCAACACAACUCCGAAGAUAACAACGCGCCACCGUCCACCCCCGCAUUGGCCGAGACACCGCCAGCCUCUCCGGGUCCACAGGACGACAACUUAGAUUUGAAUUUCGGAGAUCACGGAGAUUUCGCAGAUACAAGUAUUGCGGCUUUUUUGAACCGUAUCGGAUGUAGCUACGCGAUUGAGUGUUUCAUGUCGAGAAAUAUUUUACAUACGGGAGAGCUGGCACAUCUAGCAGAUCACGAAAUCAUUGGAAUGAAUCUUGAUGAGGUGACCCAAAGCAAAAUUCUACAAGCGAAGAGAGAUCUAGCUGCCAAUGGUAGUCUAACCAACAGUACAUACCCCUCUCAGCAGUUCAGCAAUUUCGACGACCCAGGAGAUCAAUUAAUGGUGGUUAGAACAGCGUCGAAUUCCUCCAUGACAAUCUUACCAAAUGGUGACAUGCGCCAAACUAGAUACACUCUCCAUCACUCGGUAUCCUUUCUGAAAAGCGCGGGAAACUCUUUCGAGUUGAAGAACAACUCAAGUUUGAUAUAAAGGUCACAAUCUUGGACAAACUGCAAAAAAUGAAAAAACUGUUUCGACAAUUAAAGAAGUCGAGUCGAGAUUUAACAAGUGCAACAAUCGUUUUUAUAGAAACUAAGUUAAAAGCAAUUUUUGUGUCGCAGUAAAACUCAAAUUUAACUUUAAUGCUAAAGAUACUUAAACUUAUAGAGGUAUUUUGCAUAUGCAUUUAUAAAGUUAUGGUUUUAUUUAUAUCUUCCUUUAUUUUUUGUUUCACUUCGUUCAUUUGUCUUUCUAACUAUGAUCUUACGAAAUUAUCCAUAUCAUUUUGUGUUUUUACCCUUUGUAUCUGUGCUCAAUUUGUACAAUUUACGGUUCUUUGUGCGUUUGUUUUCUAUUUGAGAUUCGUGCGCACGCGUCGGGCUGUUCCAAAUGCCUCU